UGAUGGCAGUCCAGCCCCAGCUGAUGCCUGUAGUGAACAUACAGCCAGGGAUGUUUCGGUCCCCUGCUGACAUAAAGACUGAGGUGUGGAGCAGCAGCAUCUUUGACUGUUGUGACGACAUGAAGAUCUGUGAGUGUAUUUAGUGUGUGUGUAUCCGUGUGUGUUUGUGUGUGCGUGUGUGUGCAUACGUGUGUGAGUAACUUUGUCUGUCUGUCUCUCCUGUCAGGUUGUUUGGGGUUCUGGUGCCCCUGCUGUCUGCGAUGUCAGAUCAGUACAGACUUUGGGGAGUGUUUCUGUCUCCCCCUGCUGGAAAUUUUGUCCUGCUGGUUCCCAACUGCUUCUCUGGCCCUCCGGAGCACCAUGAGGGAGAGAUACCGCAUCCAGGUAGAGUGAAACACCCCUGACAUAACUCUUUGCUGAUAAGGUGAAUGCACCAAUUUGUAAGUCGCUCUGGAUAAGAGCGUCUGCUAAAUGACGUAAAUGUAAUAUCGUAACAUCUCCUAUAAUACAAUUAACCAGUGCCUCAUACACACAGAGCUGUCAGGUGAUGCUAGACAAGAUCAAUAAACACACAAUCAUAAUGACUGCCAUAAUAGGGCCAAUGACCUAUACUGUAUCAUUGAAUAGGGCCAAUAGAAGAGAUGUGAUCAUGGGAAUGAAAGCCACUGUAUUCACAUGAUCUUACAAACAAUAAUCUGUUUAAUCAAUAUCAGUCUCAUAUCCUCCCCACCACCGCCACCGCCUGUAGGGGACCAUAUGCAACGACUGCCUCAUGGUCAACUGCUGCACCCCCUUUGCCUGGUGCCAGAUGGCCCGCGAGCUGAAGUUACGUCAGCGCCCUCUCCUCCUCGUCAAUGUCCCAUCUGUCCAGAUCAACAUGCAUCCCCCUCAAUCCUUUUCUCACCCCUCUCACCCCUCUAUGCCUCUACAGCCUAUGCCUGUAGAAGUCUACUCCUCCGCACCACAAUAUAGCCAGCAGAAGCAAUAAAUAAAUUAGGGGGUUGUGGAUGUCGAGUGCUAUCCUAGAAUGUGAAACAGGCAGCACAGCCAGCCAACAGUGCAUCACAUAGAUCUGUUUAAAAAAAUUAUAGGAAAGCAGACACUAUUAGACAAAUCAUAACAUUAUCAGGAAAUCAUAACAUUAUCAGAAUGAUAUUGAUUACAAUGAAUGAAUCAAAAUAUAAAAAUCAUUUGUGUUUUGUAUAGGCUUGUUAGAUGCUACCACUUGAAAUUACACGAUUAACACAACCAUGCAACUAUAGUAUCUGAUUCAUGUACUGUACCAAUUUUGUAUUUUAGAG